AUGAGCCUCCUCUCGAGCUUGGCGAAGCUCUCAAUAUCCAGAGCUCAACAUGAGGUCGUUACAAGAUUAUUUCACCAAACUACGCCUUCGUGCUCUUCCGUUUUCAUGAAAAGAUCAAAGAAAAUGGAUCCAGAGGUUGCAAAACAGCGUGAAGCCCGUCGUCGUAAGAGGCUGGAAAAAGAAAUUCGACAAAUGCAGAAGCAUUCGAAGAAGCCAAAACCUGUCGAUGAGCUCACUUUAGAUGUUAAAUCUGCAAAAAAUAUUGAGGAGCGACGACGCCCUCCAGCUGAAUUGACGAUUGAGCAAAUUGAUGAACGUGCAGUGGCUCUAAAGGAAUACACGAAAUCGCGCAAUUUACUCCAAAAAAAUGAUGACAAGUGGAUUAAAGAAGUUGUUGAAGCUCAACGAAAGGCCCUACGAGAAUUGAAAGCCCUGAGUCCGGAAUUGUACGAAAACGCAGUCCAACCCGCUGUCAAUGAUUUGCCGCUUAUCAUUGAAGGGCCUUCGAUUACUCCUCCAAUUAAGAACUACGAAGCUCCCGACGGUGAUUACAUCGACACAACUCGAAAAUGGUCUUAA